CCGGCCACCUCAGCGUACGGAGGAGUGUUGUCGACCUGUAAUCCAGACAGAGACAUUUUUACUGCUGUGUUACCUGGUCCAACACUUAUCCAUUUUCAUCAAAUCUGACAUUACAGCAAAAUGGUGCUUCUGACAAUGAUCGCCCGGCUGGCGGAUGGACUGCCACUGGCCGCUUCAAUGCAGGAGGACGAGCAGAUCGGUCGAGACCUCCAGCAAUAUCAGAGCCAAGCCAAACAGCUGUUCCGCAAACUGAAUGAACAGAGUCCCACCCGAUGCACCUUAGAGGCUGGCUUAAUGGCCUUUCACUAUGUCAUUGAGAAAGGAGUUUGCUAUCUGGUGCUGUGUGAAGCCGGGUUUCCUAAAAAGCUUGCCUUCGCUUAUCUUGAAGAUCUGCAAGCAGAGUUUCAUGAACAACAUGGCAAGAAGGUGCCCACAGUCUCCAGGCCAUACUCCUUCAUAGAGUUUGACACAUACAUUCAGAAGACCAAAAAGUCUUACAUCGACAGUAGAGCACGCAGGAACUUGAGCAAUAUUAACACAGAGCUGCAGGAUGUACAGAGGAUUAUGGUGGCCAACAUAGAAGAAGUUUUACAGAGAGGGGAGGCCUUAUCUGCGUUGGACUCAAAGGCCAGUAACCUGUCCAGCCUGUCGAAAAAAUACAGAAGUGAUGCUAAGUACCUGAACACUCGCUCCACGUAUGCUAAGCUAGCUGCGGGCGGAGUCUUCUUCAUCAUGCUUAUCGUAUAUGUACGCUUCUGGUGGCUGUGAGGUCUAGGGGAUCGUUUGGAGGGGAGAGGGGCUCCUGAGAAAAUUACAGGUGAAACGCAGAUGGACUCAAAACAUCAACAAGCACACGUUGAGUUUUAAAGCCUUGAACUGUACUUAAAGACUGUUGGAUUUGGCGCUUUCCCUCCUAACAGGCUGUUAAGUCUCUAACCUGAUUCUCACUGGUCUCUGUUUUAUGAACUACACAGAAGUUUGUAUGUGCUUGAUUUGACUGUGUAAGGAAAAUUUGUUUUAGUGUGUGAAUGAAAGGGAGAAAAUGAAAGUGUGUUUUCCUAUAUAUGUCUGUGUAAAAAAAAAAUAUAUAUAUAUAUAUAUAUAUAU